AAAGACGUGAAAUUUUCCUUUUCUUACAUAUUUUUUCGCGCACUGAGACAUUAGAAGUGUACCUGGGAAACGUGACCUCAGGAGUAAAAUUAUUCACAGUGAAUUUUUCAAAAAUAAUUAAAAUCUGCAAAGAAAAAAAAAUAUUUUAAAAAUUAAAUUAAAGAAAAAUGUCAAGAAAAAAAUAAUUUGACACGGAAAAUUAUCAGAACAGAACGAAACUAACGCGAAAAACGUAGAAAAAAAAAUCAAUGAAUAAAUUAUAAAAAAAAAUAAUAACUUCGUGGGAAAAUUUCCAACAUUAUUUUUAGUGAAAUUUAUGAAACACGAAAAAUAAUAAAAAAAAAAUUAUCCGGAAAUUUUAUACAGACACAAUUUAACAAUAAAUGUAGUUAGUGUCUGUGUCGUAUUAAUAAAUGAAGUGAGCUAUAAAAUAAGGAAAAUUCGUUAGGAAUUAGUUUCGUCGUUCGCAUUUCAGUCGUUAUGCGGGAAACAAGUUCAAUAGAAACGCGAAUCUGCGACACGAGAAAUGUCAGUUGUCACUCGAGUGAGAGAAAAUUUAAAUAACUUUCGCAUAACAACGUCAACAACAAUGCAAAGCCAUACACGCGAGACUUUCUGAAGACUCAAUUACAAUUUUCAAUCAAUUCAAUUAUCAUUGUUAGACUGUUUCUCUCGUUUCUCGUGAAAUCUACAGCAGUUACAGCAGCAAAAAAUGCUUCCGGCAUCUUCGACGACAGAUCCGACGGUAGAUCUCAUCGAGCAGCGCCGCGUCGAGUGUAACGACUCGUUGCACAACAUUCUCACGGAAUACGAAAAACCCAUCGAUAAGACGUUACCUUACUGCAAAGGCACGUGGGAUGGAUGGCUUUGCUGGCCCGAUACUCAAGCCGACGAAUAUGCCUUUCUUCCGUGCCCCGACUUCAUUGCGGGCUUCGAUGUAGCACGCUUUGCACACAAAUACUGCGAACCAGAUGGCGAAUGGUUCAGACAUCCAUCAACUAAUAAAACAUGGUCCAACUACACAACCUGCGUUAAUGUCGACGAAUUUGAGUGGAGGCGUCAAGUAACACUUAUCUACGAAACUGGAUACUCAAUAUCACUAAUUGCCAUUCUGAUAUCAUUAGGAAUAUUGUUCUAUUUUAGAUCAUCAUUAAAAUGUGCCAGAAUUACGUUACACAUCAACUUGUUCGUGUCCUUUGCUGCCAACAAUUCCCUUUGGCUCAUUUGGUAUCGCACCGUGUUGAACGAUACGGAAGUCAUCAGCACGAAUGGACCUUAUUGUCGUUUGCUGCACAUCAUUUUGCACUAUUUCCUCCUGACAAACUAUUCGUGGAUGCUUUGCGAGGGAUUUUACCUGCACACAGUUCUCGUGUCUGCCUUCAUUUCGGAGAAGAAACUCGUGAAAUGGCUCAUUGUGACGGGAUGGGCGAUGCCAGCUGUUAUGAUCAAUAUUUAUGCGGUACUGAGACAUUUUUGUGGCAGUGAUACAGACACGAUUCAAUGCUGGAUGGAUGAAAGUCCUUUUAAUAAUGUACUUGUUGCGCCCGUUUGUAUUUCGAUGUUGUUGAAUUUGCUAUUUCUCUGCAAUAUUGUGCGUGUCGUGCUAUUGAAGUUGAAAGCGCCUGCAGGUAAUUCAGGAACGGCGCCGUCACGUACAAUUUUACAAGCUUUUAGAGCAACUCUUCUUCUCGUUCCGCUAUUGGGACUCCAAUACAUCUUGACGCCAUUUCGCCCGCCGCCGGGAAGUGCUUACGAGCGCACAUACGAAACAAUUUCCGCAUUCACCGCCUCGUUUCAAGGAUUAUGCGUUGCCACGCUUUUCUGCUUCUUAAACGGCGAAGUUCUCGCACAAAUUCGUCGUCGAUGGGGAACCGUUUUCUUUCGACCGCGUGCCAAUUCCUACACCGCAACACAAGUAUCUCCGGUCCGAUUGCAGUUUGUCCGAUACUCACCCCAAAAGCCGGGCGAAGUCAAAGUGUGACUAGAGGAGAAAAGUUUCGACGACGAGAAAAGUGAUCAUCAACUGACAACGAAUGGCAACGCGAAUGGAUGCAGCGAAGAAAGUCUCCCCCUGAAACGGAGCCCGUUACAAGUGCGUUUCGUAAUGGACGAAGAAACGAACGAAACUAAGGAAAAUAUUUAAUUUUAAGCAUUUGUUGUGUUGUUUUUAAUAAUAAAAAAAAUAUAAUAUGAAAAAAGCUUUCAAUGUGAUGAUGUAAAAAUAAAAUAAUUUUAAGAAUUUAUUAAAUUAUAUAUAUUA